GAGUCAUCAGUCGCCGGGCAGAGGCUCCGGGCGGGCGCUCCCGGCGCAGCGCGGCUGCUUUGGGGCUGCGGCCCCUGCCCGGCGCUGCCGCGGGGCGAGGGGCGGCAGCUGCGGCCGCACUGGUGGCACUGCUGCUGCUGGCAGCGCCCCGGCUGCGGGCGCCGAGCUCUCGGGGCUGUUGCAGUGGAUUGCAAAGGCUGAGUGUCACUUCAUGAACGGCACCGAGAGGGUGAAGUACGCGGAGAGACACAGCUACAACCGGGAGCAGCUCCUGCACUUCGACUGCGACUUUGUGGGGCACUUUGUGGGGUUCACCCCCUUUGGGGAGAAGGUGGCCGGGUACAGGAACAGCCUCCCGGAUUUCCUGCGGCUCAAAAGGACCGCGGUGCUCUGGUACUGGCGGAGCAACUCCGAGGUGGCCGCCGUGUUCCUCACGGAGCGCCGAGUGCCCAUCCCACCGUGUCCAUCUCGCUGGUGCCCUCGAGCUCCCAGCCCGGCCCCGGCCGCCUGCUCUGCUCCGUGAUGGAUUUCUACCCUGCCCACAUCCAGCUGAGGUGGUUCCAGGGCCAGCAGGAGCUCUCUGUGCUGGCCACCGAUGUGGUUCCCAGUGGGGACUGG